AUGACGCACCCCGCCGUCCUGGACAACCUAGAAGAGGAAAUCGAAGAUUGGAACACGACGAAGCCGCAUAGCUUCAGACCAAUCCGAUUCGUACCGCGAGGCAAGGAUAUGCAUCAAAGGUUUCCAGAGAUAUGGAUGCUGCUCCCAGUCCACGUGGUCGGCGUCCAAUACUACCAUAUUGCAAAGAUCGUUCUCGCCUUUACGCAGAGUUCGAGCCCUUCACGUACAUAUGCAAAUCUGAGAAAUUCGAGAAGCAUUGAGCCAUGCGCAGACAUCUACUUCUUGUACUGGGGUCUGGCAAAGUCAAACCCAAAGGCCGAAAAUACACUGUUCACUGCGCGUCACAGUUUAGUGGCUUGGGGCUGGGUCCUUCGCCACAAGCUGGAUCAAGAGGCCGCCGAGAAUUUGCUACAGGGCAUGGAGGCAAAGACAGGAUGGGACGUGGCCCAAUCAAUCCAAGUGUUAAGAGGGCUCUGGAAUGAGGAAGAUUCAGACAACUAG